AUGAUUUAUGUAAAUAAUGGACAUCACAAUUUUUUCUAUGGCCAAGCUCAAGGACGAUUUAUUCCAUCGGGCUUUCAAGAUACACGAAAUGGGUUUUUUCCGGCAUCCGUAGGUUCACGCAAUGGCGGUCCCGGCAGCUAUCAAGAUAGGCAGAUUUUUGUGGCGCAAAACAAUCCGCAACAGCCAUCCACAGCGGCUUUCUUUCCGUUUGGAAAUUAUCCGGUGACAACCCGAAGACCUGAUUUCUUCGAGAUCAAUCCUCGUCCAUUCUCGAUCGAUGACGGAUAUCGUCAAACUCCGCUUACGUUUACGCGCGGACAAUCAUCACUGAAAUCCGAUUACUACGAUACAGGUUACUCCGGAAAUUCGGGACAGACAAAUCGCUUUAGACAAGACGAUGAUUUACUUGCCGGCGAGGAAAUCAACGUGCAACAGCUUCCUUCGCGCAACAGAUUUAGCUCGAGGGAAAAUACAGAAACCACUGCGAAGCUCAAUAGUAGACAUAGUAAUGAUCCGUAUGCUAGUCAAAAUCAACAACAACAACGUGAGAAUACCAACGUUAGAAAUAGCAAUAGUAGAGGCAGCAAUCGCGCGAGAGGAACACCAUCGACGACAACACCUGUCCCGAAGCCAGUUAAGAAAGAACGACAACCGGCUCGCAGCCCUUCUUUCAACACAAACAGCCGUCAACGCCAUCCAAUCGACGAAGAAUUCGAACGUGAUCUGGUUCGUUUGACGGAACCAACUGUCGCCGCAGUCAAACACAGUAUUAACAUAACGCACAACGGCUCCGACAAGCAACGUCAAACCGACAAAGAUCGUCUCGAGAAGGAAGAAUUGCAGUAUCAUGACGAAGAUGCCGACUACAUUUACGAAGAAACACCCAGCAAGAGUAUUAAGGAGAAUAAAGUCAUCUCGGACGACAGCAAAGACAAGCUCGAGGACGAGUCAAAGUACUACAGCAGUCCCAAAAACAACGUUGAAUCGUCGAAAAACAAGCAUGACGACACCGAAAUCGACGAUGAUGAGGAAACUGAAGCUGUUGUACCAAAAAUUAACGAAAAAACAGUAAUUUUAACGGAUAACUUUUACCUUCCCGGCGGAAAAAAUGACGAACCUGUAGAAGAAUACUAUUACGAGUACGAGUACGAAGAUGAAACAGAAGAGCCUGGACCUGUGACGGCAUCUACAGCGAGAAGUGUGACGACGCAAAAGCCUGUAACAACAACAAAGAAGGUUUCGAAGGCUUUGGAUGACGUUCCUGCUACUCAAGUAACUGUUCGCGAGGAUAAAACUGAAGAAGUUGACACGAAAAAGAAUCAAACUUCGAGUGAAGAAGGAGAAAAUCCGAAUACAACCGAGAGUUGGGUCGUAGUUGCUUCGGUACAAACCUCUAGAAGCGUUUCAGGAGCGAUUUUCUUGCCUCUUGGCGUGAAACAAGAAGAGAAAAAGGCUCCAUUGACUGAACUUGAGGCACUUGCGAAGUUAAAUGAAGAACAAGAGGAGAAACGAAAACAAUCCCAAGAAGAAAUUCAAACUUCUAUUGAAGAAUCUUUGCAAACAACAUCGACUUCCGUUUCAACGGAAUCCAUCAAUGACAAACUCGAUAGCAUCCAAUCUGAACUUUCGAGCGGCGUAUUAUCCGGAAAAUUCCCCGUUUUGAAGGAAAUGACGACGCAAGAACCGCAAAUCAUCACAACCAAACCUCCUCCAGUCUUUAUUCGUAAAUUUUCGCCCAAAGCUCGUCCCGAUCAACAACCAAAAACGGCAUCGACAACGACAACAACUGAAGCUCCAACGACAACGGAGGCUCAAAAAGCUGAAACUAAGAAAAUUAUCAUCGAAGAUGACAUUUCGGGACUUUUGCCAGCCGAUUUCAAGCCUCGUUAUCAGGGAUACAAGAAGAAGGGAGGUUCAACAACGACUACUACUACAACUACGACGACGACAGAAACGCCUGCAGUGAAUCGCAUCAAUAAUACUCGUUCGUUUAAAAAUAGUCCCGCCGAGCAAUCCAUCAAAUUCGAAGAAGAAAAUAUCGCGAAAUUCCUCCCGAAGGACUUUAAGUUGAAUAAACCUGAAUUAAAAGUCGCUGUCACGGAUGAUAUUGACAAAUUCCUUCCGCCAGGAUAUAAAAAGCAACUAAAUGCUCCCGUUGUUCCCGUUAAAGAAGACAUCAGCAAAUUCCUGCCAAAGGGAUAUAAUCCGCCAAAACAACCGGAAUCAACGACGAAAAAAAUCGUAAACACGCCCGUGGAUAUUUCGAAGCUUUUGCCGCCAGGUUACAACUUGCAAGAGACAGAACAAGAGGAAAGUUUGAAUUUGAAGCCAUUACCGGAGAAAAAUGAAGACGAUUUGUUCAGUAAAUUGCUGCAAAAGUCACAUAGUGCCUUGGAUGCGUUAUUGCCGCCGGGUUUCAAGCCAACUGAAGAAGAAAUUGAGGAAGUUACGACGCCUUCAACGACAACGACGACAACAACAACUGCAAGUCCCGGCGGAUUUGUGUUCCCAAAGAGACCGGGAGGCAAUAAAACGCCGUCAGAAGGUGUCGAUAAACGUCCCAAAGGUCCUCCGCCGCCGAAAAUUGAGAUUAAGAAGGGACCUCCAAAGCGCUUAACUACGGAAUUUACGGGAUGGCCUACUGUUGCUACGACUCCAAUUUCCAUCGAAAAACUUUUGCAACAAUCGGGCGGAGAGAAAAUUGACUUGGCAUCACUCUUUAACAAAGCUUUAGGGAACGUAAAUGGCAAUUCCGCGGUAGAUUCUGCUCCAGCGCCUCCUGAUAGUCCAUUUUCGCUUCCAACGACGACGACAACAACUACAUCGACUACUACUGUUAAGCCAACAGAACCUGGAUAUUGUCAAAACGAGUGCAACUUGGCAGGUACAAUUCGCAUAGUUGAUGGCGUUAAAUGGCGUCCUGAACUGUUGGAUCAUAAUACGGAGGAAUGGAAGAAUUUGGCGAAGGAAGUCAAGCAAGAAUUGAAUGAAGUUUUCAUUAAAUCCGAUAAAUUACGAAGAUGGUACAAGACAUUGCGAAUUGAUAGUUUUAGUCAAGGAAGUGUUUUGGUGGAUUAUUUCGUUGAAUUGGAUGAUAUUUCGGAUGAAGUUAGUACGUUGCAGAUUAAGAGAUUCUUCCAUGAUGCCUUGAUGCCGACACAUUUGCCGGAAUCCAUGCAAAAUGAGACUUCGGAUGAGAGACAAAGUAAUGCGGUGCCUCAAGUGAAAGAAACGUUCAUGCUUGGGAAAUUUGUAUUGGAUCCUGUUUCGACUGAUUUUAUCUUCGUUGCAUCAGGACCUGAAAUCUCAGAAGAUCUUCUUCCACAAUGGGCCAUUGCUGUUAUGGUAAUGAGUUUCUUCUCAUUACUCUUCGUUAUUCUAUUUGGAGUGGCAGUCCUCGUAAACCGUCAAAAAGCUGCCAAGAAAAAGGGACCUGUGCCAUUAACUGCUGCUAUGCUCAACGAACUGAACAAAAACCAUAUGGGCGGCAUCGAUAAUUACGGAAACGAGGAACUUUACAACGUCGACGAUGGAUGGGGCGAUGAAAAGGAACCGCCAUACGUUAGUAGUAGUAAACGCGGUGUGUGGGCAGAUGAGAAAGAGCCUCCAUACAGCAAGCAUGAGUUUAAGUCAAAGAGACUCAACGGCGGCUCCAUCUACGGAAGCAGUGCCACAAACAUCUACGACAGCUGGGGCUCAGCCAGAAAUCCUCCCCGAGGAGCUGAUUACUACGAUGACAGCGGAUACGAUCCCUACAGUCAUCGCAGCACAUAUAGCAGAGACUACAUGAUGCACGAACCCCCAUAUCCCUACCACAAACACGAAAAAUACGAUUAUCGCAGUUCACGACGAAACUACAGAGAUUACGAUCCCAAUUUCUAA